AUGAGUAUAACAGGAGGUUGUAUUGAAGAUAUCAUUAAAACUGGAAGUAAUUGUGGAGACGUUAAUGUGCAAAUUAAAGAAAUAAAGAGUGAAGUUGAAAUUAUUAUUAGUGAUGGUGAAUAUUUUUCACGAGCUAAAUUUCCAAAAAAUAACCAAGCACGUCAGUAUCAAAAAAUAUGUAUUAGGGACUGUGUCUAUAUUCCUGAAAAGAAAUAUAUUGAUGUAAAAGAUUUUGAGUGUGAAGAAAAUUUUGAUGGAUUAAUAGGAAAUCCAAUUGAUAUCAACCAGUACUUAGGAAUAGAACACGGCCAAUUACCUAUUAGUCAAAACUCUCAAAAUACUUUACCAACUGCUCAACGUCAUAGUAUUACAAGUGAAUUAGAAAAAGACGAUGAUAAUAAACAACAAAUAAAUGAAGAUGAAAGUAUUUUAUUUAAUUUAUUAAAAGAACAAGAUUCAAUGAAGUGUUGUAUUAAAGGAUAUGUAGUACAUAAGUCAAGAAUUAAUGAAUUUGGAAAUGAAGAAGGUAAAAUUUUUUCAGUUAUUCUUCAAGACAAUGAAGGAAGUGAAUUUAAAGUAUCAUUUUUCAAUGCAAUGGUUGAUAAAUUUUAUUCAUCAAUUAUUGAAGAACAAACUAUUGUUAUGGAUAAAAUAAGAAUUAAAAAAAUGAAUGAAACAUCAGAAAAAAUUAAAACAAGAAUGAUGAAUAAUCUUGAAGGUAUUGUCACUAGUGUUACUUCAAUUGCACUUGCAAAAAUACCAAUUCCAUCAAUAAUUACUACAAUAGAUUCUAUUCAUGAUAUUAUUAAUACAAAAUAUUUAUCAAGUGACUUUUAUUUUAUUGGAUGUGUAUUAGAAAAAGGAGAUGAAAGUGAUGUUACAUUAAAUAAUACAAAUAAAGAUAAAACUAAUAUUAUUAUUGGAGAUGAAAGUGAAUAUUCUAUUAAUAUUCAAAUAUUUUCAAAUUCUCUAGUAUUGCUAGUAAAUGAAAAACUAAAUACUAACAGUAUUGUUCUCAUAACAAAGUGUAAAAUCAUAAAAACAAAAAAUGGAGAUAAUUAUUUUGGUGAAUUAAAAAAAGGAAGUCAAAUAGUUGUUAUCAACAAAUAUUCAGACAUUCCAAAUUAUGUUCAACCACUAUAUUCACAACAACGUUAUGAAUCUCUUCUUAAUAUCAAAAAAGAUAAUGCACAUAUUUCAUUUAAUGAACUUUCAAAAAAAUUAAGAAAAUCAAAUGAAGCUGUUGGACUUAAAGGAUUAAAAGAAUAUUUUAAUGAAGUUAAAAUGAGAGAUAGUAAUCAUCCCUCAAUAUUUAUUAUUAAAGCUCGUAUCAAAAUAAUUAAAACAAAUGACCUAACAUAUUAUGGAUGUGAAACAUGUAGAAGUAAGAAAGAAGAAGGAUAUUCAUAUUGUAAUAAAUGUAAUAGGAAAAGAAAUGGAAAAUUAUAUUAUAAGGUAAAUGUUUUACUUGAAAAUAAUGAAGAAGAAGAACCAUUUGAACAAUGGGCCAUCAUAUUUGAUGAAUGUGCUAGAAAAUUAUUUAAUAUGAGUGCUGAUGAAAUGAAUGUUUUAGAUGAAGAUGAUGUUAUUAAAGAAAUAAAUAAAUUUCUUGGUAAAGAGUUUGUUUUUAAAGUAAAAGGUAAAAUGAAUCCUAUGAAACGUGAUGAAGUAUUUACUGUUAUUGAUGAAAUGAAAAUAUUUUAA